GGUUCAGUCCAGACUAUAAAAAAAGCUGUAGAUUAUAGGACUCGUUAGCUCCGCUGUUUAGCUUUGGAAGUUGACGAGUGAAGAUGAAGGCGUUGAGUUGGUGGCUAAUGCUGGUGGGUUCACUUAGGCUUGUCUCUGUUUGGUUCGGCUUCUUCAACAUAUGGGCUCUCCGUCUUGCUGUCUUCUCCAAAUCCCCAAUGACUGAAGUUCAUGGAAGGACAUUUGGUGUCUGGACUCUCCUUACUUGCACGCUCUGCUAUCUUUGUGCCUUUAACCUUGACAACAAGCCACUCUACCUAGUUACCUUCCUAUCAUUCAUCUAUGCCCUUGGUCAUUUCUUGACCGAGUACCUAAUCUACCACACCAUGGCCAUUGCAAAUCUAUCAACUGUCGGCUUUUUUGCAGGCACAUCGAUUAUAUGGAUGUUGUUGCAGUGGAAUUCACAUCAAGCUCAAGCUGCGGUGAAAUCAGAAUAAAGUGUUUGAUUACUGCCUCAGCUUUCUCCACAUUUGUUGAUUAAUCCCCUUUUUCAAUCAUGCUUUGUUCUCAGUAACUGUAGCUUUAAUUUUUGAUACCCAUCUGCUACACUGAGAUUGGCUGUAACGGUUAGAACUUAGAAGUCUAACUCUAGACCUUACAGAGAUGGAAAUUCUCGAGUGACUGUCGGAGUUUUUAAAUUAAGAAAAUUAGAGAAACAAGAUUGUAUUAAAGUUUGAAUUUUCAGUUGCUGUAGUUGCCAACGUGAAGAAUUCUUGAUGUUCC